GCCGCCUUUACUUCUCAGUUAGGGCUCCUGUGGCUCCCAGCGUGAUCCGGUGCGUCCGCGCUGGGCAGCUCCAGGGACUGGAGACGAGGCCGGGGUUUCUCCGAAGACCCGGCGCGGCCGAUUCUUCCCCGCCAAGAGAGACUACAGCUAUGGAAACUAGAGCGCCGGGCGGUCGGGGAUUGUGGCUGCCCAGGGGUGACGGGUCUUCUCUGUCCCCUAGGCCCUCGCCCGAGGCUUCGGGCGUGCCUGCUUCCUGAGUGAAUCUGCACUUCUGCCCGCGGGAGAGAGGUAAGACUUCGGAGUCCUCACACCCAGGCAGGCGGAGAAACCCCUUUUCAACUCCAGCUCCCCACAAACCUACCUGGCUCACACCUGGAAGCGGCGCCUCGCGCCCGUCAACCUGAGGACUUUGUUCCACGUUUAUAACCCAGUGUUAACGAAGACCCCCGCGGUGUCUGCCGACUUUUCCCACAAAAUGAGGUCAGAAAGGCUGGCUUUUGGAUCUUGCUUUGUGACCCUAGACAGAUCGUUUUCCCUCUUUCGACCUCACUUUCCCCGUUUGUAAAAUGGAGAUGUUAACUCCAGACACCGGCCUAUUAUUAUGUUGCUUUGAAGAUCGAACCAAAUGGCGGAAGCCAAAGGCAGAAAGGGCUGUAAAAUGGUGAAAGUGAGCUGCUGCGGAGUCACCGUUUCUCCACCUCCUUUCCCCUCAGCUAAACGUCCUUCUGAUGUUUUUUUCCUUGGACACAGCUUAGCAAACAGAUGCAGCCUUUAUGCCUCCCUGGCUGCUGACCUACCAGCCCGAUGACAGCACCCCCGUGUACCUUCCCGGUUCAAUUCCAGCAGCCUUCGGUUAGUGGCCUCUCCCAGAUUACCAGCAGCCUAUAUAUCAGCAACGGGGUGGCUGCCAACAAUAAGCUCAUGCUCUCCAGCAACCAGAUCACCACCGUCAUCAAUGUCUCGGUGGAGGUGGUGAACACCUUAUACGAGGACAUCCAGUACGUGCAGGUGCCUGUGGCUGACACACCCGCCUCGCGUCUCUGUGACUUCUUUGACCCCAUUGCCGACCACAUCCACAGCGUGGAGAUGAAGCGGGGCCGCACGCUGCUGCACUGUGCCGCUGGCGUGAGCCGCUCGGCUGCCCUCUGCCUUGCCUACCUCAUGAAGUACCACGCCAUGUCCCUGCUGGACGCCCAUACAUGGACCAAGUCAUGCCGGCCCAUCAUCCGGCCCAACAGUGGCUUCUGGGAGCAGCUCAUCCACUAUGAGUUCCAGCUGUUCAGCAAGAACUCUGUGCGCAUGGUCAGCUCCCCUGUGGGAAUGAUCCCUGACAUCUAUGAGAAGGAGGUCCGUUUGAUGAUUCCACUGUGAGCCACCCUGCCAGCCCCUGCACCAGGGUCAGAGGUUCAGGUCUGCCCUUGAUUCCACACUGCAACUGAACUUAAACAUUUGCCUCUGCAGAUACAGAAAAACGCAGAUGAUACCUUUUACAAAGGCAGGAAAAAAAAGGGUGUUGCAGGUUUUAACUUUGUAAUCCAUAUCUUUAAAGAUUAAACUCACUGAAUUUGAGCUGGUGAAGGUAAGUUUCCUAUCUGGUGAAUGACAGGUCCAGGCUGCUGGCUGGAGGGGAGAGUGAGGCAGAUAGUACCCAGGUCAAAUGAACCAAGGCUCAGAGCACAUGGCAAGCCUGGAAUCCUGCCGCACUCCCCAAAUGUGACUAGCCCAGGAAUGAGUGCCACAAUUCCACCUCAUCCUUUCAAACCCAAAGCCAGAGCCUUAAGAAGCAUGGCAUGUCCUGCUUGCCACAGUAAGUGCCAACCUACUCGAUAAGUGGCCUUUAAGCAGUGUCCUGGGAGCCCAGGCCAACCUUCAACCAAAGGGGUCCAACUCUGGUUUUCUAGCUCAGAUUAACACAUAAGGUAGUUUUUAGAGAAAGCAUUCCACUGUGUAAAAUGUUUUUUAAAUAAUAUUAUUUGGAGGGCUGUUGUAUAGCAAGGCCUCAAGUGUCCUCGGCCAUCCUUCACCAGCCUUUGAUGAAUGGAGGCAUUAGUUUCCUUCCCUGGGCCCCACGUGGAGUGCAGACCUGACAUCAGGGCUCAGAGUUCCUUCACACAUGGGCCUCGGCUCGGAAGCCUGGGGCAGCAGCCCGGAACCUAGCCUCACCCCACCCCCAUGUGAUCUGGGAUCUCUCGGAACCUCAUUCUCCUCGUGUCCAAGCAGGGACAGCCCUUUUCCUACCGGGUGGUCGUAAAGAUUCAAUGGUUCCUUAGCAGGGGGCCUGGCACAUGGUCGGUGCUUAGUGUAACUGGCAGCUCUCGUCAUGGAUGACGCUCUGGCCGUGCUGGUCCUGGUCAGCAUGGUCAUCCUCAUUUCCCCCCUCUGCACAGCCCUAUACUGUUUACAAAGUGCUCUUCCAAAAAGUCAUUGUGUGUGGAAAAAAUACUGGUUUAAGCCCUUUCAGACUCUACCUUGGAGGAGACUUAGACUUCAGAGCCUUUUCAGAGUUCCACUGUGAUGAAUCCGUGUGUGCCCUGGGGGUCCUAAAGCAAGGCGCAUGCUUCCAGCUUCCCCCAAAAAGGCCUUGUUCAGAUGGCCAACCUUUAGAGCCAGAAUCCUGGUCUGGCUGACCGCCGGGGUCCCUGGUUUCCACGGGCAUAUGCCAAAAGUUCCGCCAGUAGGCCCUGAAAUCCAAGAUUGUUCAAAUCCCCCAGGGGUCUGAGGUUCCCACUCAAGACCAGCUAUCCUAAUCUAAAGAUUUUUGGACAAACAGUAUGAGACAGACAGAGGAGAUCAAAUGCCUUUUCCCUCCUAACCUACCCACCCCACUUCCACAAAGGGCAUGUCCAGGGGCGUGAUUUUAGGGUGAAGGUGGAGGGGAAAGGGAAAAAUCACGGCUCUAGAUUGAUCUUGUCAGUCUAGUCUAGAGAUAAAUCAGUUUCUGAGCCUAGAGAGAUCUUGUUUUACACGUGAAUAAGUAGAACCACAAACACCAACCAGGGCUAUAUUUAUAUAGCAAAGCCCCACAAAGAGCCUUUCCGGAAGAAAACCAAAUGGAAAUUUUCUUUUCAUUUAAAGCAUUUUUAAAGAAGUUUACUUGGAUAUAUUUUGUUUUCAUUUUUUUUAACUUUAACAUACCAUAUAAUUAACAUUUUUGUAUGUACAGUUCUGUGUUUUAGCAUAUUUAUGUGACUACCUCUAUAAUCAGGACACAGAGCAGUUCCAGCACCCAAAAAACUCCUGUGUGCUUCCCCUUUGUAGUCAGACCUUUGCCUCAUGCCAGCCUCAACAAACACUGAUCUAAUCUCCAUCCCUAUAGAUAUGCUUUUUCCAGAAUGUUACAUACAUAGACUCAUAAAGGAUGUGACCUCCGGAUGCUGGCUUCUUUCAGUAAACUGUCUUUGAGAUUCAUACAUGUCACUUUUUAUGGUUAAGUAGUAUUCCACUGUAUGGAUGUACCACAGUUUGUUUUUCAUUCACCCACUGAAGGAUAUUUGGGUUGUUUCCAGUUUGGGGCAAUUUUGAAUAAAACUGCUAUAAACAUUUAUAUAUAGGCUUUUAUGUGAACAUAAGUUUUCAUUUCUCUAGGAUAAAUACCUAGGCAUGGGAUGGCUGUGAGAGGAUAAAGGUUAUGUUUAACUUUAUCAAAAACUGCCAGACUUCCAGAGUGGCUAUACCAUUUUGCACUCCUCUAUGAGAGAUCGUUUCUCACCAGUAUUUCGUACUGCCAGGAUUAUUUCAGCCAUUCUCAUAAGUGUGUGGUGUAGCUCAUCGUAGUUUUAGUUUGCAUUUCCCUAAUGGUUAAUGAAGUUGAGAAUCUUUCUGUAUGCUUAAUUGCCUUCCACAUACCCUCUUUGGUGAGUGUCAAAUUUUUUGCCCAUUUUUAAAUUGGCAUUUUUCUGUUUUGAGAAUUCUUUAUAUAUUCUGGAUACAAGUCCUUUGUCAGAUAUGAAUUUGUAAAUAUAUUUCCCCAGUCUAGCUUGUCUUUUCAUUCUCCUAGAAGUGUCUUUUGCAGAGCAAAAGUUUUUAAUUUCAAUGAAGUGCUACUUACCAGUUUUUCCUUUUAUGUAUUGCUGGUUUGGUGUCCUGUCUAAGAACUCUUUGCCUAAGCCCAGAUCACAAAAAUUUUCUCUAGUGUUUUAAAGUUUGAGAGUUUAGAAUUGUCACUUAUUCCUAUGAUCCUUUUGUAUAAGGUAUGAGGUUCAGUUUGAGGUUCCUAUUUUUCAUAUGGAUGUCUAAUGGUUUCACAACUCCAUUUGUUGAAGACUGUCCUCUGCACCUUUGUGUAGGUCUAUUUUUGGACUCUAUUCUGUUUGAUAAAUGUGUCCUUCACUUCACCAAUACCACAUGAUCUUGAUUACUGAAGUUUUAUAGUAAGUCUUAAGAUUAGAUAAUGUGAGUACUCCAAUUUUCUUUUCAUAAAAACUGUUUUGGUUAUUUUAGUUUAUUUGCCUGUCCAUAUAAAUUUUAGAAUCAACUUGUCUGUAUCAACAACAA